AUGUCAAUCAGUUCCCUGACCGGCCUCAUGUCGAGCUAUAUGCCCCUCUCUGAUCGCAGUUCCUCUUCGGAUGAAAAGGACCCUUCUCAACUUCGAUCGGAUGUCGAGACAGGGAACACUAACCGCGAUGGCUCGGAGCGAAAACCUUCCCGCUUCAUCGACGGUCGCACCGUGUCCGAUGCCAUCAUCGGUCUUUCGGACGGCAUGACGGUGCCUUUCGCCCUGACUGCUGGAUUAUCUGCACUGGGCGACACCAAAAUUGUUGUUUUCGGUGGACUUGCAGAACUCAUCGCAGGAGCUAUAUCGAUGGGGCUCGGUGGGUAUUUGGGUGCUAAAAGCGAGGAGGAGUCAUACAAAGCUACAUUGAAAGAAACUCAGACGCAGACUAUGACAGAUCCUACCUCGGUAUCUGACACCAUCUCCGACAUUUUCGAGCCUUACGAGCUGCCUUCUGAACUGGUCGCACAACUCAAAAAUCAUCUCUCCGCCUCUCCUAUGCUCCCAUCGUUUCUCAUGAACUUCCACCACACUCUACCUGAACCCUCGGGCUCGCGAGCUAUCAUCUGUGCUUUGACAAUUGCCAUGGGAUACUUCAUCGGUGGAUUUAUUCCUCUCAUACCAUACUUUUUUGUCGGACCUAAUGAAGCCUUCGUCGCCCUACGGUGGUCCAUUGCUACCAUGGUCAUUGCGUUGUUUAUCUUCGGAUAUGUAAAGACGUGCUUUGUCAGUGGCUGGCGCGGUCGCCGAAAUGUCCGCAAGGGUUUCAUUGGAGGUGUACAAAUGGUGCUGGUUGGUGGUAUUGCCGCUGGUUCUGCAAUGGGGCUGGUGAAGGGCUUCCAGAUGCUGGCUGAUGGGCCUGAAGGCCACAAGAAUGACUGA